AUGGCCUCCCUUGGUGAGGAGGGGCCUGGUAAGCAGGCCCCUAGCUACCAUGGUGGCCCCGUACAACUGAUAUCCAUCGAUGAGUCUGGCCAAUGCACUGUUGAUGAGUACGCCCUCAAUAUACUAAGGCAGAUAGAGGGGAAGGUCGCUGUAAUUGGUAUUGCUGGUCUGUACCGUACGGGCAAGAGUUUUCUCAUGAACCGUCUCCUUGGCUUACAGGAUGGAUUCGAGAUAGGCCCUAGUGUGAACCCCUGCACUCGUGGUAUAUGGAUGUGGGGCCAACCGGUCCAACUAGGGCAAAACUUUCAUGCUAUUCUUAUCGAUACUGAGGGUCUUGGUAGCUGUGUCCGAACAACAAGCUGCGAUAUGCAGAUAUUCUCAUUGUGCCUGCUGCUUUGCUCCUUCUUCGUGUACAACAGUAUGGGUGCGAUUAACGAGGAGAGUCUCGACCAACUCAAUCUGGUACUUCAUCUCACAAAGCACAUUCAUGUUCGAUCCUCAUCCAAGAGCAACCCAGAUUUGUCCAAGGACUCUGCUGACCUUGCCGCUCACUUCCCACCUUUACUGUGGGUUCUCAGGGACUUCAACCUGAAGCUAGUCAACGAAACGGGGCAACCAAUAUCACCUAAAGAGUAUCUCGAGCAUGCUCUGAGGCCAGUAGCAGGUCGUAGUGAAGGGAUCGAACAGAAGAAUAAAAUACGUGAUUGCAUCAAGGCUAUGUUCAGGGAUAGGAGCUGUUCAGUGAUGGUUAGGCCAGUGGAAAAUGAGGCCGACUUGAGGAACAUCCAGAAGCUGCCGUAUCAAGCAUUGAGGCCUCAAUUCCAGCAGCAGGUUGAUGCAUUCGUUCAGAAGGUGUACUCAUCGUUGAAGCCUAAGAUGAUAGGAGGGACAACCCUCAACGGAUCGAUGCUCGCCACACUUGCUCAGGAAUAUGUCAACGCCAUAAACUCUAGUGCCGUGCCCACCAUACAGAGUGCCUGGACCAACGUUGUCACGCAUCAACUCAGGAUAUCUCUCAGAGAUGCGGUGCAUGUGUACCGAGCCACGAUGAACGAGGAUGUGAUGCAGAAGCUGCCGAUGCCAGAGAAGGAGGUUCGAGCUAAGCACAAGCAGGCGAAGGCUGCAGCCUUACAGGUCUUUAACGGUCCUAAGUUUGACCAAGGUUGCCUCACGGAUGGUGACGAUUGA